AAUCAGUUACUGAUGUAAACAAAAGUAGUUAGACGCACUGAAACUAGCCAACGUUAGCUACCAACGUUAACGUGUGCUAACCUUGUUAGAAACGUUAACCCUCACUUAGCCUUGCUAUAACGUUAAUCCAGACUAAAUUGAUGUAACGUCAGUUAUUUAAUUUCAAGUCACGCUGACGUCAUUUCUGAUCAGCUUGGUUAGGGUUAACGUUAGCUAACGCUGGUAACGUUAAUUCUGCCACAGAGGUUGCUAGGUUAGUAAAUUUAGCGGGUAGCUCACUUGAGGCAAGUUCAAAGUAUCCACAAAGCCAGUAAGUUAUUAAAAAGACUUGAUAAACACUGAGAGCAUCUCUUCCAGCCAGAUGGAGGCUUCUCUGGGAUGUCUGCAGAAUCCUGAUUUAAGCUCUGUCCUGUCAUCAUGUGAGCCAGAGCUUCAGGAGCUGAUGAGACAGAUUGACAUUAUGAUCAAUCAUCAGAAGCAGCAGUGGGAGGCUGAGAUUCAGACCAUGAAGCUCAAACUGAAAAGUGGAGAAGAGGAGCUGUUGACUUCCAGGAAUCUCAUUGAACGGAGGGACCUGGAGAUCGGAUUGCUUCGCAAGCAGCUGGAAGAAGCCCAGCCUGGUCGACAAGAGUUAGUUACCAAGUACGAGCAACAACUGCAGAAAGUCCGUGAAGAGUUAGAUAAAUUAAAGAGAAGUUACCACAAACUUCAGCGCAAACAGCUCAAGGAGACCAGUGGAGUAGCAAAUACUAAAGACACGGACCAUUCAGAGGUGACCCGACUAAAUGAAAAGAUUGAGGAAUAUCACCAGCGCUCUGUAGAGUGGGAGCAGCAGCGCAUCCAGUACCAAAAACAACUGACGGCCCUGGAGGCCCAGAAAGAGAGCCUAACUGAUGAGCUCGCACACAUAAAAGCCCAGUGGGCAUCAUUGCAAAAGGAGAGGGAGCACAGGGAGUGUUGCUUAGAGGUGCAGCGUCUGUGUACUCAGCUGGAGAAGGCUCAGGGCAGCCUGCACUCACAGGAGCUAGAACUGGAACGCCUCCGACCCCUCGAGAUGUGCCUGGGACAGUACCAGAGAGAGCAGCAGGUCCUUUCAGAGGAAAGGGAGGAGCUCCACACCACGAUAGAGUCCCGGGAUACAUUUGUGCGAAGAGCCAGUCUUGAGCGGCAGAGGCUCCGCAAUGAAGCUGCCAGACUCAACCAAGUACUACAAGCUAAAGAUCAAGUCAUUCGCUCUCUGGAGGACUGUCUGGCGGCUCAGGGCUGUGCUGGCGUGGAAACCCUCAGACAAGAUCUGGAGAAGACUGCAACCAAGCUCCACUGCGCCCAAGCAUGUGAGGUUCAUCUCAAGGCUGAACUGGCAUGUCUCAAAGAGAGACUGGAGAGAGUGAGCCUACAGAGAGCUGACCAAUCUAAGGUGGAGGAACUGAAGAGCAUUAAAGCGGAAUAUAAUUCCUCUGUUGCUGAAAUAAAAAAGCUCAGAGAAGAGCUCCAAAGGGCCAAGCAGACUCACAGUGGUGAGGUGGAAGGAAUGAGGAAGGAGGUGUCAAAGCUGACCACUGAGCUGCACCAACGUGACAUCGCCGUCGCCACACUGAACGGCUCUUCGUCCAGCAUCAAGCAGCAGCUUCGUGAUGAGGUGGGGCGAGCAGAACAGAAGGCAGCUGAGCUGAAAAUGACCCAGGCACAGGUCGAGACUCUACAAAGUGAGAACCAGCACCUGAGGGGUCUGCAGCAGAGGCUGGAGUCUCAGUCACCUAAGGGGGGUGAUUACUCGCUUGCAUCCCUGAGGGAGAGUUAUGUGUCAUCUCUGAGCCGCCUGGAACAAGAGAAUCGGCAGCUAAGGCAGGCACUUGCUGAGAUGCGCUCCCGACUUGAGGUCUCCAACCUGACGUGUCAAGACAAAUAUGAACAAGCUCUGCUCAGCCACGCCAUGACUGACCAACCACAGCCUGCUCAGGACAGCAAUGAAGAUGCCAGACAUCGCAAACACAGGCAGGAGGUGCAGGCGACGAAAGCUAAGCUGCAGGGGAACGCCACUCUCUACGAAGGGAAGAUCCAUAGGCUCUUUAAACAGCUGCACACCCUGUCCCAGUCCCCCCGAGAGCACCCCUGCAGUCAGGCCCGAGACAGCAGGCCUCAUUCAUCAGCAUCCUCCUCCUCUGGUAGCAUAAGACUCACCAGGAUUAACUCUGUGCAAACCAUAAGUUCAAAUGAAUCCACUGCUGAGGGACAAAGCUCCAGCUCCGAAGACUCUCUGACCUUAUUGUCCAGAGAAAACAUCAUAUCCUCUCCCUCUCUACUGGAGCCUUCGCCAGUGUCACCUGCAGACAGCAUGGUCUCUCGUUUCCUGGAGGAAGAACGCUUACGGUCCACGGAGCUGCUCCAGAGACUGGACACCCACAUCCAGGGUAUGAGCGAGGACAAUGUCAAGACCGUGUCCAAAUACCUGCCAAGUGGCUCAGCGCCCGAGCCUGCCCAGACUUCAGUACAGAAGGGUCAGUGACAGAGUAAGGUGGAAUAAAUGUGGAAAAAGGUGCCUUAAACAGCAGUGCCGAAGACUACGUUCUUGUACUUUAUUAGACUGUUUUUAUUGGAGAGUGACAUUUGUGUGUGGGGUGUGCUUCACGUGACUGAAUUUAAGUAACAUAUAUUUACAUUUUUACACAGUUUGCAAAUUUAAGUUCAGCGCAGAGCUUUGAGUUUCAUAAGAACUGUCAAAAGAAGUGAUGUGUAAUUUAUAAAUUCCAUCCCCACUGUGAAGGACAAGUUGUAUGAGGUUACACGUAUGACAGCAGCUCAGAUUGUCACCUGUGAUUCUUCUGAUUCUGUUCAUCAUGUGUUUAUUUUAUCUGUGCAGAAGCUCAAAGAAGUGUUCCAGCAUUUAUGUUUCCGCUAGGGGAACGCUUUUGUCCCAUCACGUUGGGCUUUUCUCAAAGAGCGAGUGCUGACAAAGGCUGACUGAUUAAAGGCUUUGCAUCACCUCGCGUCUUGUGAUAAAAGCUGCAUUUAACACAGCCCAAAGACUUUAGCUGACUGUUCAUGUUCUAAGGCAAACAAACUACACUACCAUUUUACACCACUAUUAGUCUGUUUAAAAACGGGCUCCAGAAUAUGUUCAUACAUGUGUCCGAGAAAAAGUUACUACUCGCACUGUAAGGAUUUGCUUUACUUUGCACUAGAAUUGUUAGCCUUAGGGCUGCACCUUACAAUUUUUGUCAGAAAUCAGUAAAACAAAAUGCCUUCUACAAUGUCACAGAUAAUCUAAAACCCGGUUUACUAUAAUUUAAGACAAGAAAAAGCGGCAAAUCCUCACAGUUCUGUGAACUAGGUCUCACCGACUACAACACGCUUAGCUGUCUGAGCGGGUGAGACACACCACCUUAACUUUGAGUCAUGGUGUUUGGCAUCUGAAACGGUCAAAGCCCCAACAUGUAUUUACUGCUACGAGUUCAUCCAAAUUGUUUGCAAAUUGUUUCAGAAAGUCAUCGCUAUAUCCGACGUAAUGCAAAGAGAUGCCCAGUAUAUUUUAUGCUAUGUGCUUUUAAUAGAUUAAAAUGGCCAUAGGAAAUUGUUGGCUUUCUGUGUGACCUCACAUAACUGGCUUUCGGUUGCUGAAUUGCACCUGUGUUACUUGUUGGAAUUCUGACAUUAAGUGGAGACCUUUUGCGCUUCUCCUCGGAGGAUGCUGCACAGUCCAAUUUUUCAAGUUGCCUGGAAUGCAGCAAUGAUCCGAGCUUUGCAUUUACAUCCUGAGAAAAGAAUGUUGCUGUGAGCCAAAGGAGCAUCCAUCCUCCCUGAACGUCUGUCAUAACUGGGGAAAUACUACAUAUGUACAUGUCUGUCCAGACAUCCUUGACAGUAGGGAGAGGGAGGAGGCAGUGUGCACUGUAGCUCUUCUCUUUCCCCCCCAGUUACAAGUACCAGCCCCCCACCACCACCACCCACCCUGCAGAGGCCCUCUGGCUUGUCAAAUACAGGAAUGUGUGCACCAUGCCAAUGCUGUCAUGAACCUUCCCCUGCGGCCUACUUUGUCUUCAUCAUUAGAAAGCUGAUGGAAUGUUAAUAUCAACCAUGUGGGGCACUCAACCUCAACAACACUGAAGGGCCAGGAGGGAAUAGUUAUAUUUUACAGCUUUCCUAAUGAAGGACACACUGUGUGAUGGAAAUAAAGUGGAAAAAUUUCAA